AUGGCACUUUCUUACGACUCCAUUGCCUCAGUUUUCAGUGCCUUUGGGGAACUCAAAGGUGUCUUUGCGGCUGACGACAACGGUGCCCAUGAUAUUGUUUCUCAUCAUGAUGAGAGCUCUGCCACAGCUGCAUUGGAAGCAUUUGAUGGACACCCUUCUCUUGACCUUGGAGGCUAUUCGUUGCACGUCCGGUAUUCAGUACUUCAAUCCGCUUCACAGAUAGUGGGAUGUGCUACAAGGGAUGAUUUGUUGCAAGCAGCUGAGUGGAUGCAGCACAGGGGUUACCAUCGUACGUUGCAGGUGCUAAAUGUAUUGCAUGCAGCUGAGUGGAUGCAGCUAGUGGAGCAGGACAGAGUCCGCCAUGCAGCAUACUUGUUGGCAAUGGAGAAGCAGGAGGGAUUUUCAGGAAUUUCAAGGGUAGUAGUGAGGUGGGCUCGAGGUGGCGGCCAAGAGAUUGUACCAUCCGUGAACUGUCUGGGACGGCUUGAACCAGUCUGGGAGCGUGUCAUCAUUUGUCUUACAUGCUGCAGAGCAAGAUGUGAUGAAGCCAGUUUGGGAGGAGAUGAGUUAGAGGAUGGAAUGGGACCAAGAAUUGAUGAAGAUGGAACGGUUUGA